AUUCUCUCUCCAUGGCACGAAAGCGGCAUCGUCUAGACGGGAAUGGCGACGACCGACGUGGCCUGGACGUCGUUCGACAUGCUGUGCAGUGUGCUGUGGAAGCCAUAUCGGAAAAGUGUGCGGUUGACCUGACCGCGUUGACAUUUCGCGUUCGGCCACAUUCAACGCCGGGGUUGGCACUCCAGGACACGACCGCGUAUUCGAGCGAUAUUCCUCUCCGCUUGUAUCACUCUAAACUCCUCGACCUAUCGGACAUCAAAGCCACGUCCUCCCUCCUGCUUGACCAAGUGAAAGCCCACUUGGCUGCCGCGACACUCGACGCCACAACCGCACCCGACACGAUUGCUCACGUGGAUGAGACGGACAGCUCGUCUCGCUUAGUCUUUUACACGCGGCAUGAGCCCCGACUUACAAUGGAUGUACUGGAUGUAACCCUUCCGCUGCAAAUCCUGCAUGAGGACAACGCCGUCAUAGUUGUGGUCAAGCCCCACGACCUGCCCUCUGUCGACGGGCGCGAUCGCGAUACGUCGCUUCACCGAAUCCUCCAGUCCAAAUACCCCAACGUUCGAAUGGUCCACCGCCUGGACAUGGAAACGUCCGGUGUCAUGGUGGCGGCACUCACGUAUCCAUCAGCCCAACACCUGAAUGCCCAAUUUCGAGCAAAGAGCGUGUCCAAGACGUACACGGCGGUGGUAGAAGGCCACUUGUCGACAGAGACCUGCGUUGUGACACAUCCGUUGGCAGCCGACCCGACGCACCGAGUCAAACAAAUCGUCGACAACGUGUCUGGAAAGCCAUGUGAAACCCAAUGCAAAGUUGUUCGGCAUCUGGACAAUGGCGACACGAGAGUCCACCUCACGCCCGUAACUGGACGAACGCACCAACUGCGGGUACAUAUGCAGAGUCUGGGACACCCCAUCGUCGGGGAUUCCCUGUAUGCCGCUCGACCGGCGUCAACGCCGCCUGCAAGAUUGUGCCUCCAUGCCACAACGCUCGAGUUUCGACACCCCACGACCCGUGCCAACAUGACAUUUCACUCGGAACCGCCAUUUUAGAGCUCCACGCCCUUGACAACGUGAACCACGUGCUCAAGCGGCAUCUUGCUACGAGGCGUGGGGCCUUCCCACCGGCAAAGUUCCAGUUAAAUGUGCCUAUAAGGAAGCAAGGACCUUGAAAUUUGUGCGGCAUGGAUCGUUGCCACCCUGGUCGAGCAGCGCCAACCACAACAAACCUAAACUCCACAAAUGCAGGGCUUGUAGCGUUUGUCCAAGUCCAUUGUCCACGAUUCGUCGAGAGGGUUGUCCCAUCGCGC